UGUGAGGCCCGGAGCUGCUGACCCAGCGGGCGGCCCAGGGGUCCGGCCACAGAGCGGCAGGCGUCGGGGGUUCGGGCGCCGUGAGCCGGCCCCAUCGUAGAGCUCGGCCGAGCCGCCGCCGCCGCCGCCGCCGCCGCCGCCCCCCGCCCCCAGCCAGCAAACCGCCGCCGCGGGCGCGCCCCCGCUCUGCGCUGUCUCUCCGAUGGCGUCCGCCUCCGGGGCCAUGGCGAAGCACGAGCAGAUCCUGGUCCUCGACCCGCCCACCGACCUCAAAUUCAAAGGCCCCUUCACAGAUGUAGUCACUACAAAUCUUAAGUUGCGAAAUCCAUCUGAUAGGAAAGUGUGUUUCAAGGUGAAGACUACAGCACCUCGUCGGUACUGUGUGAGGCCUAACAGUGGGAUCAUUGACCCGGGGUCGACUGUGACUGUUUCAGUAAUGCUACAGCCUUUUGACUAUGAUCCCAAUGAGAAGAGUAAACACAAGUUUAUGGUACAGACAAUUUUUGCUCCACCAAACACUUCAGAUAUGGAAGCUGUGUGGAAAGAGGCAAAACCCGAUGAAUUAAUGGAUUCUAAAUUGAGAUGUGUAUUUGAAAUGCCCAAUGAAAAUGAUAAAUUGAAUGAUCUGGAACCUAGCAAAACUGUUCCACUGAAUGCCUCUAAGCAAGAUGGACCCAUGCCAAAACCACAUAGUGUUUCACUCAACGAUACUGAAACAAGGAAACUCAUGGAAGAAUGUAAAAGACUUCAGGGAGAAAUGAUGAAACUAUCAGAAGAAAACCGACAUCUGAGAGAUGAAGGCUUAAGGCUCAGAAAGGUAGCACAUUCGGAUAAACCUGGAUCAACCUCAGCUGCAUCCUUCAGAGAUAAUGUCGCCAGUCCUCUUCCUUCCCUUCUUGUCGUAAUUGCAGCCAUUUUCAUCGGGUUCUUUCUAGGGAAGUUCAUCUUGUAGAGUAAAGCAUGCAGAGUGCUAUUUUUUUUUUCUCUUGACCAGAAAAAGAUUUGUUUACCUACCAUUUCAUUGGUAGUAUGGCCCACGGUGACUUUUUUUUUUUUUUUUUUUUUGUGUACAGCGUCAUAUAGGCUUUGCCUUUAAUGAUCUCUUACGGUUAGAAAACACAAUAAAACAAACUGUUCGGCUCCUGGACAAAUUGUAUAUUACCAGAUCAUCACUAGCAGAUGUCAGUUGCACAUUCAGUCCUUUAUGAAAUUCAUAAAUAAAGAAUUGUUCUUUCUUUGUGGUUUUAAUAAGAGUUCAAGAAUUGUUCAGAGUCUUGUAAAUGUUAUUUUAAUAAUCCCUUUAAAUUUUAUCUGUUGCUGUUACCUCUUGAAAUAUGAUUUAUUUAGAUUGCUAAUAAUCCCACUCAUUCAGGAAAUGCCAAGAGGUAUUCUGUGGGGAAAUGGUGCCUCUUACAGUGUAAAUUUUCUCCUUUACCUUUGCUAAUAUCAUGGCAGAAUUUUUCUUAUCCCUUGUGAGGCAGUUGUUGACUGAGUUUUUCAUCCUUACAAUCCUGUCCCAUGGUACCAUGGUAUUUAACAUAAAAAAAAAAUAAAACUGUUAACAGAUCUUGCUCGAUAGCUUGUUUGUGUGUCGUGUCAUUAGGCGGGGAUACACAAAGUCCAUGGUAAUUUGAAAUUUAUGAUGCAUAAUUUUAUCUUGCAUUGAAACCCUUUCAGAUAUUACAGUAUUUGUAGUUAAAAGUCCUCAUUCUAUUAAGGAAAGGGAUUGAUAACAUUUCAGGCUACUUUUGGUAAUUUGGAAGAUCACAGUUUGUCUUCAAGAUUAUAUAAAGAAAUCCCAUGAGAAUAAAGAGACUAUAAUUUUAGUCUGUUUAUAUGUAUGCCUUGUAUGCUCUGUUUCAUUUGUUUUACCCAUUCUUAACAGGUUCUUCUAGUAACUUCUCAAGACUAAUUCUCCUUGCUUCUAGUCCAGUGCUUUUUAACCAGCCUAAUAACUCCUCUAUUUUAAAACAUCUCAUAAUAAUAGUUAAAAGUAGGUGUUUUUCCUGUCCAGUCUGACAUUCAAAGUAAAUUUCUAUAAUGGAAAUUUGGAAUUACUAAGCAAGCCUUGGGAAUUUUCUUUUUGGAAAAUGACUUUAUCCUUUGCAAAUCUACCUGUUAAUGUGAAACACAUUUUCAGUAUAAAUAUGAAUUUUAGGUCUGAUCCUUUCUUGCAGUUAAUCUUGUGUCUUCAUUUAUUUUACUUGUACUAGCAUAGAAAAGUUUGGAACCAGAGACAAUUUAUUCAGUUUUUCUAGUGAGUGCAGUCUAAUAAAAGUGACUCUUGAUUCCUGAAAAUAGGUGUUAGUUUUGUAAAAGAUGCACUUCUUUCUGAAAGGGAAACUAGUCCUUGAGACUUGAUGUGGUGCAGUGAAGUAUGUUAGGCCCAGGUCUCUGUAUACAUUAUAAUUGAGUGAAAUAUUCCCUAAAGUAUUUUGGUUGCCUUUUCAUUUUGAGUAUGUUUUGAUUUUGUCAGGUCAAAUGUAUUGUGUCAUUGUGCUCUAUGGUAUCUUAUAAAACCUCUUGCUUGUGUGCAAAAGUUACUAAAAACAAACAAGUAAUGCCUAUCCAUUACUAGCAUGCUACUACAGGUAAUGUUUCCACUGUUGUUCCAACGUUUUACAGUCAUUGUAAAAUUUCCCUCCCUUUCUGAUAACUGGGAAAGCAUGCUGAAAAAAUGUCUUGCAUUUUGUCCCAUAAAUGAAGAAUCAGUAAUUCCUUGGCUUAAAGCUCUCUAUAUAAUCAGCACUAUUGGUGAUAAGUAUCAAGCUUGAUCUUUCAUAGCUACAGUUAAAAAAAAAUUUUUAGUUCUCAAAAAUUUAGCAAAAUCCCGUUUUAUGGGAAUGCUCCUUAGAACUCAUUUAAUUCAGCCCCUUUGUUUUAUAGUUGGGGAAUCUGAGGCCUUUCCAAGAACUAAGGGAACUUGUGUCUCACAGGUAGGUAGAGGCAGAGCUGGAACUAAUAUAUCUGCUCUCCUGACUCUAGCUUUAGUGUCUUUUCUGAAAACUUUGUAGAAAAAAAAUUUGACCUAAUUUGAAAUGACUGAAAUUAUGAGCAUAAGAUGCUAUUUAAUAAAUGUAUGUGAAAUUUCAUAUCCUAAGAUUGUAUUGCAGGCUGCUGUUGAAUAGUCUCAUGUAUGUUUGGUUUUAGUAUUUAGGUUAGAAAUCUCCCUCCCCACCCCAUAUUGGUAAUAAAUAUUAUGAAAUACAAUGUAUUUUUAGAUAGGCAUUUUAUAAAAUGCAUUAUGCAAAUGUUGGUUUUGGGGUAGAUUGUAGUCUGGGCAGUAUCUGCAAAAUAAAGUAUACAUGGGCUUUUUAACUGCUUUACGUGUUGGGAGAUGCUCUGAUUGUAUAGGAGACCUACUUUCUAUUCUUUUAAUUGCUGUAUCAAAUGUGAUCAGAUUAUUUUACUACCAACGGUUACUUUGAAAGAGUCCAACUGUAUUAAUUGAUAAUAUAUAGAUUAAAUUGUUUGUCUUCAUUCCUUA